UCACCCAGCAGGAAGUGAUGUCAGACUCACCGAGCAGCUCACUGAUCAGGAUCCUAAACAGAGCAGAGAGGACAGACUGAACCUCCCCAAAAUCCGUCUUCAUCCGCGGACAAUUCAACACCAUCCUGAUCAAAAACGUCGAGAGCAUAAAGUUCACACUCUGAGCUUCACAACGAGCGGCGUAUUGGCGCGAUAUGACGUCGGGAGGGUUUUAAAACAAGAGGCGAAAGAUUGUGAGAGCCGACUGCAUCCGGAAGGACACAAUCCAUCGCUCGGUGGAGGGUUUUUUUUUUAAUCCCUCUAAUUUCUCGAGUUUCUGCUCUUGAAACAAAACAUCCAAACAUUCAAACCUGAACAUUUCUGGAUAGUUUUUGGAGCUAGCGAGCGCGCUUGCUGGCCGACCACAGACCGCCGACCAUGGAGUUAAGAGUGGGGAACAGAUACAGACUGGGCAGGAAGAUUGGAAGUGGAUCCUUUGGAGACAUCUACCUGGGUACCGACAUCUCCGUCGGAGAGGAGGUGGCCAUCAAGUUGGAAUGCGUGAAGACCAAACACCCGCAGCUCCACAUAGAGAGCAAAAUCUACAAGAUGAUGCAGGGCGGAGUGGGUAUCCCGACGAUAAAGUGGUGCGGGGCCGAGGGCGACUACAACGUGAUGGUGAUGGAGCUGCUGGGGCCCAGCCUGGAGGACCUGUUCAACUUCUGCUCUCGGAAGUUCAGCCUGAAGACGGUGCUGCUGCUGGCUGACCAGAUGAUCAGCCGCAUCGAAUACAUCCACUCCAAGAACUUCAUCCACAGAGACGUGAAGCCCGACAACUUCCUGAUGGGGCUGGGCAAGAAGGGCAACCUGGUCUACAUCAUCGACUUCGGCCUGGCCAAGAAGUACCGCGACGCUCGCACACACCAGCACAUCCCCUACCGCGAGAACAAGAACCUGACUGGCACCGCCCGCUACGCCUCCAUAAACACACAUCUGGGCAUCGAACAGUCCAGACGAGACGACCUGGAGUCGCUGGGCUACGUCCUCAUGUACUUCAACCUGGGUUCUCUGCCCUGGCAAGGCCUCAAAGCCGCCACCAAGAGGCAGAAGUACGAACGCAUCAGCGAGAAGAAAAUGUCCACCCCAAUUGAAGUCCUGUGCAAAGGCUACCCAUCCGAGUUCGCCACCUACCUGAACUUCUGCCGCUCUCUUCGGUUCGACGACAAGCCCGACUACUCGUACCUCCGCCAGCUCUUCAGGAACCUCUUCCACAGACAGGGCUUCUCCUACGACUACGUGUUCGACUGGAACAUGCUCAAAUUCGGUGCCAACAGGGCCGUGGAAGACGCAGAGAGGGAGCGUCGGGAGCGGGAGGAGAGGCUGAGGCACAGCAGGAACCCCGGGGCCAGGGGCAUGGCCUCCGCCUCAGGGAGAGCCAGGGCAACUCAGGAAGUCGCAGCCCCCUCACCGCUCAACCCCGCCGCACACACAGGUUUGGAGAAGGAGAGGAAGGUGAGCAUGCGUCUUCAUCGCGGAGCACCGGUCAACAUCUCCUCGUCAGACCUGACGGGACGCCAGGACACAUCCCGCAUGUCCACCUCACAGGCUCUGUCCCGCGUCACACCCAGCGGCCUCCAGUCUGCAGCUCCACGGUGAAACCCCUCCACCCAGCUGUUGCACCAUGGAGGCCUCAACAUGCAGCACACACACACACACACAAACACACUCACACACACUCUUACUCAAACACACACAUAUAAACACUCACACACACACAGGACUGUUAAUCGACACAGAGGACUCUACCAACCAUCGCGCAAGAGUCUGGCUGCACUCUUGUUCACUUGACCGAGGAAGAGGAGUGCGUCCGUGUAGCAGCCUCCUUCUCACACGAAGAUGUGGAAACACUCCUCCUCCUCCACCUCCUUACUGUUGAUGAAGCCAUGGAUUCACUUUUUUUUUUAACUUUGGUUUUACUUUACUCUUUUUGUUCUUUAGCAUUAAAACUUCUGUGACACCAGCUCCACUGGUCAGACUUCCCGAGUGUGUUUAGCUGGACAAAAUAGUGUGGGACUCUUUUUUUUUUUUUUUUUUAAUUGUGAAAGCAGGAAGACACGUGAUCCGUUGCGGAAUUGUUAAAGGACGGUGUCUUGAAAGAGUCCUUCAUUUUUUUUUUGUUUCUGUAGGUGUUUUAGGUUUAAAUGUAACAUAGAUCGGGGGAGGGGGACAACCCCCCCUCCUUUGUUUUAAAAAUGGGACAAAAGGACUUGUAACGUUCUAUUUUCAAAGCUUGUCCCGUAGUAUGAAUUUGUCCUCCUCAGGUGCGUCGGAUCCCAGAUGUUAGAGUAAAUCCAAAACCAUGCAGCACCUCUUUCUCUUUCUCUCUCUCUCUCUCUGUCUCUCUCUGUCUCUCUCUCUGUCUCUCUCUCUCUCUCUCUCUGUCUCUCUCUCUGUCUCUCUCUCUCUCUCUGUGUGUGUGUCUUCAGGUCGUGACUGCAGCGUGCUGCUCGGGGAAAGCUGUGAAUGGAACAGUGAUCUGUCCACAUUGAAUGGGUGACAUGUUGUUUUUAAUCCCGGUGAUGCAUAGUGACGUGGUUUUUGUGUGCGUGUGGGUGUUUGUGCGUUUCCGUGCUAGGCUUAAAUGGGUGGGGGAUGAAAACAUACUCUUUUUUUUGUUUGUUUUGUUUAGUUUUUUUUACUCCUUUGCCUCCUAAACCUCUCUCGAGACCAUCCAAACCGCUUCAGGUUUUCAUUUUUCUACGUGGACCUCCUCUAACGCUCACCUGUCCUACCGACAAAUUUCCUGUCUAGAUGUUCCUCAACACAAAAAUCACCUUCACAGGCGCUUCAGUCUUUCCCAGUCUAACGAUGCUUCUUUUCACCAUGUAUUGUUUGUUUUUCUUGCGGGAUUCUAACACACGACACAACAAACAGAUCUGUAUCGAGUCCAUUACGUGUAGCCUUACGUCAUUUCGUAUUGAGAAUGUGCCAUUACACAACGUUUUCCUACACUAGCGCACACCUAAACUUCGUCCAUGUUAUCUGACAGUUUUAAGGCACACUUGGAGAGGACCACUCGGCCCGUUGUAGAAUGUCUUCUGGAGCUCUGGAAAAGCUUUAAAAGACGAGCUGAGUCGAGUUGCAUUAUGGGGGAUGUAGGGUUCAGUGUUUUUCGAACCCCCUUCUAAAAACACUGGAUCAUAUCUUGAGCUUUGUUGCCUCGUUUGGACCAUUCUUCUUCUUUACUCUGUUUUCUGUCCUUCGUGGAAAUGCAGAACAGUUUGUGCUCCACAUUUAAGUUAUACAUUUUCAAACUGUGAAAGGUCGGAGAUACAAGGGACAAAACAAAACCGCCUGGUUCUGCUGAACUGUGCCUGUUACGUUAAACCGGCACAGUCCAGUUGAACCAGUUCUCGAUCCGCCGAGCGAUGUGAGAGUCCGGAUAGAAACUGGACCGGAGGGCUCCAACUUCAAUUAAAAGUGAGGAGGUUUUUGGAGAGCUCUGGACUAGAGAUCACACAGAGUCCCAGCAGUACUGGAGCUGCGAGCCUCACGUGGCUCUUUUUCAGUGACUCGAAGUCCUCCCAACAAGAGGAGACACGAUCGGAGCGGCCGUUCAGCCGAGCUGACCGCUGAAACCCUGCAGAUUUUGAAGUAGAAAAAUUCUCUAUGUGGUAGACUGGUUACAAAGUGUUGUAGUUAAAGGGGGACGGGGUCGUAGUGGUUAUUAGUACAUGUUUGUUCUGUUGUUGUGUGUAGGAUGCGAGCCGAUGUACGGCUUCGGAUGAUGACAGUGUACGGAGUGACUGGGAACGCCUCCUAACUCCAGUAGACUUCCUGCUCAGGCAGACUUUUUUUUUUUUAAAUAUACUUCACCUGUGGGCUUGAAAAACAAACAAAAAAGUGACGGAUUAACUCGUUUGUCUCACUGAUGAUGAUGGCUAUGAUAAAGUACACUUUACUCUCAGUUCUUAUUUUGUCUGCUUUUAACUGUGCAGUGGAGAUGGUGCUCAUGUCCCACAAUGCAUCUCUUACUGUGGAUUCAUGGGAAAUCUUUCUUUCCACUCCAACCUUAAGAGUUUUGCUCCUCAUUUGUAAUGCCACUGUAUUUGUGUAUUUUAAAAUUGUGUAAAUAAAUUAAUAAGUACUUGUA